AUGACGCAUAUGGAUGAACGUACGCCGGAAUGGAGAAUGAAAAUGUAUGGUCUCGCCGUGAGAGUAGUCGUUCUCCGUUCCACCCCUCGUGAUUCUUGGUACCUGAACCUACCUUCUGACGAUUACGCAGAACCAAACGAAUCGAGUUUAGGACUGACAUAUUUCACACCUCGUCAUCUCGCCCGACUGCUCCUACGUUGCCCAAAUUUACAACGUGUCUCAUGUCCCAGUGCUCACCCUGACGAUAUAUACUACCCGUCUUCUAUCACACCUCUCUACUUACCUCAACCACUCAAAUCCUCAAAUCUACCCUUACCUCCAGUCACCUGUCAUGCUACUCAAACAAGUUGGUUGAUCAAUCUCGUCGGAAAACGUAGGAUCAAAGUUCGUCAUCAGAUCGUAUGGGAUCCUACGAAAUACCCAAUGGCUACGCUUCCUCCUCUUUGUCAUGUCGGGCGAUGGAAAGGUAUUGUGAAACAUACUUGUCGAUUGAUAAUCAACAAGAAAAUUCCGAGAGGGCGUCCUUCAACAGACGAACAACGUCUCGACGGACCAGUUUUGCCCUCGACGGAGAUACGGAAUCGUAUUGUGCAGAUGUUGAUAGACACACCACAUAUUCGACAAUUGUCUCUAGCCGCACCUAUGUUGACACUGUCCGAUAUUAUCUUGCUAUGGGCGAAAAGACCGAGAUACCCGAUAAAAGUACUGGACGUGAGCUGUCCUUUCUUGGAAAACGAUGUUGUAUUUCCAAUACUCGAAUUCGCGCAAGUGGCGCAGGGCCUCCAAGAGCUCACGUUGACCUUGGGUAUUCCAGCUCGGGAGGCGGUACUUCCCAUCCUUGAGGGAUUGACUAGACACAUUCAAACACUUGAAACUCUCAAAGUCACUUUUCUCGCUGGCGAAGAAAGCAUCAGCCCAGAAGCCCGUCAACGUGAAGAAAACAGAAGGAUAGGAUCAGCGAGUCAGAGAGAACAAGGGGAGAGGGCGAAACUCAAGAAGUUGGUGAUCAACGCCGUACGUCGUUGGACGGUGGAAGGAGAUACUUGGCCGAAUCCGGCUGAGAGCGUGGACUUGGCACGACUGAUAGUCGAAAUAAUUAAUCCGGAAAGCGAGGUGAUCGUCCCCUACGGUGGAUUUGCGAUGUUGUUGGAGAAUUGUAGACGCGAGCAAGUUCAUAAUCUGUGA